AUGAAGGCCGACCUGGAAUCCAAUUCUGCGACGAGGACGCAUCUGCCACCGCAGCAAGCGAAGGCCUCAUCUUCCCCCGCCAGGCUACCUGAAAGAUCACCACCAACGGGUAUCUCGGUUUUGAUAGUGGGCGGAGGAGUCGCGGGUUUACUAACCGGCCUCGAGUGCUGGCGUGAUGUCCUUACGAUAGGGACCAGCGCAGUACGGGCUUUGCAGCGUUGGCCAGAUAUGGCGGAUGAAAACGAACGCAUUUCGUACGAGAUGUGGGUUUCCUGGCAUAAGAUCAAUGGAGACUUGAUUUCUGGCCCGGGACCGUUCCGUCCGAAUCCUGCCCCAAAAAUUGACGGCGCUGAAGACCAUGACAGCGAGCAGACCGCAAGAAUUUAUAGGCAUAGUCGUCCGAACUUGCACAAGAUGCUGGCGGAUCAGGUGGAGCGCGCUGGACUCACAGUGGAAUAUGGUAAACACGUUUUGAAAUACUGUGAAGAUUCACAUGCUUCUAAGGCGACUGUGAUUCUGGAAAACAACGACAAGGUCGAAGCAGACGUUGUGGUCGCCGCGGAUGGGAUUGGAACGCGAGCCCGCCCGACGGGGUUUUCAAUAUAUCGCGCGUUGUUGCCUAUCGAUCAGGCUCUUGUGGAUCCUGUGAUUGAGGAGAAAUUCCCCUUGUUGGAGAACGGGAUGCCUUGCACGCAAUUAUGGAUGGGAGAGGACGUAUAUGCCCUGUUUGGUAGGACGAAGGAUGAUAUGAUUUGGUACCUCACAUACCCAAACCGUGGAAGCAGCAUCGAGUCCUGGUCAAAUUGGGUGGAGCCCGAAGUCGUUCUCCAGACUACCGCCACAAUCAAUGGUUGGCCCGAUUUUGCAAAUCGAUUGAUCAAGAUGACCUCCAAGGACCAGAUCCACGAUUUCAAACUCAUGUGGCGGGAGCCUCAACCGUGCUGGGUUUCCCCGGCCGGGCGAGUGGUUCAAGUAGGUGAUGCGGCACAUAGUUUCCUUCCAUCCUCUGGGAACGGUGCUACGCAAGGAAUGGAAGAUGCCGUCUCGCUGGCGGCUUGCUUGCGCAUUGCUGGGAAAGAGAAUGUCCCUUGGGCAACCCGUGUUCACAAUAAGCUUAGGUUUGAACGGGUCUCCUGUCUGCAACUGCUAGGCAUCCUCAAUCAUGAGAUGCGCAAUCGCUCUGCCAACGCCAGCGCAUCCCAGACAAAGCCAAUUGGAAUACUUGGUAGCUGGAUCUGGAAACACGAUCCAGAGCAGUAUGCCAUUGAAAACUACGAGAAGGCGCUCGCAAACCUGACUAGCGGGGUUGAAUUCGUGAACACAAAUAUCCCUCCUGGUCAUGUAUGUCGGCCAUGGACGAUUGACGAAGUCCUCAAGGCCAAGGAAACAGGCAAGGAGGUUGUCCUCGAUGGAGACUGGGAUUGA